AUGUCUAUCGCACCUCCCCCAGCAACCCCCACACUGGCAGAUCUGCCACUCGAAUACCUCAGCCUUUAUCAUGUCGUCGACUCGUGUUUAUCAUCCAUCCUCGUGUUUUAUGGAGCCGUCUCCACCGCCAAUGCGACAGUCAGCAGCUCUCGCAUCCAAGCCCAUAUAUUCACACCAGCUGGCUUCCAAAGCUAUCCUCGAAUUACAGUGUCCCCUGCUGCCCCUGUGUACGCAGCCGUCAAACACCUACCCCGCGAAAAACAAGGCAAUGAGGUGUGUCGCGGACUAGCAGUGAGCAUGUUGAGGUACUUUGCCGAGCUUUCUGAGCCGGUCAAGUCCCGUCUGACGGGAGUGGCUCGGACUGGGCGGUCAGGAGGAAAGAUACCCAAGAUGUUCGAUGAAAUGCACGCAGCAGAUUUGGCCAAUCGGAUGACCAAGGUGGAGGAUCCAUCGGAUAUUAUCCAUGAUAUUCGAAGCGCAUAUCAAGAACGCAAGGUACCAUGGAUUGACAUCGAUGUGGUGCUUCCAGCAGGUACUAUACAAGCGCCCCGCCGACGGGCGAGUGGGGGAUCGGACCUAGAGGACCAGAGCCCCCAGUAUGGCCCAUAUACGCCACUCAUAGAGGCACUGGGUGAUCCUAUGUUUCUCCCAACAUCGCGAUUGAAACGUGCGCCUUCUCAACCGACAAACGUUAGUAAAUCGCGCUUAUUUGCAAGAAGUCAAAAAGAGGCUCUUCGUCUUACCAUGUGUGAGCUCGUGGAUACAGAAGAGCGAUACGUUGCAAAGUUGUAUUCCCUUGUUCAUGAAGUGGCGGAUGAGUUUCUCCAAAAGGCCCACGACCGUGGACCAUCAAGUAAUAGUCCCGACGAAGCAGCCCUAGCGGCGUUGUUCCCACCAUGCCUCAAUGAAAUUCUCGAAGUCAAUCUCGGGUUCCUCGAUGUGAUUCGACAAGUGCUCGACGAAACAGAGAAAGAUGCUAUCACAGAUAUUGGACAGGACACGGAGCUUCCUUCACGGGGCUUACCCAGAGAUAGAACCGAUCCGCUUGGAGCCGUUGCAUUCGCGAAAUCUCUCUUUGAAUGGCUGCCACGAUUCUCAAAGCCAUACGGUGAUUACAUGCGAGCACACACGGGGUUUACGCAGACUCUCAACAUGUUCAUGAAAGAUAAGAACUCGAGCUUCUCGAAACGAGUUUACGAAACCGGAGAGCAGAGACUACGGUCUUUGCUCAUGGAGCCCGUUCAACGUCUUCCUCGAUACAGCUUGUUGAUCGACACCAUGACCAGCAAUUUGCCCUUGGUCCAUCCUGCUGUGCGACCUCUGUUGAAAGCCAGAGACAUCGUGAAGGACAUCUGUGCGCUUGAGAAUGACUCGCCAUCAAGCCAUGUACAAAGCCUUGACCGACUAAGAGAGCUUGUUAACGGAUGGCCAUCGGGGACAUUCCCUGAAGGUCGCUUGAUUACUGCGGUUGACUUCAAUGAAGUUACGCCUCCCUUCCGUCUGGCACAGUCAACCGGGUCCAGCGCAGGGAUUAUGCUCCUGUAUAAAAACUGCAUGGUCCUUCUGGCAAAGCCGGCCGAAAGCCGAGCCACAGCCCGUGGUGUGCUGGCAGACAUCGAUAACGCGGCCUCAUCAACAACUGACAUGUCCAUGUCUCUCCCGUCAUCAGAACUGCAAGUGGUGCAAGUGCUGGACUUUCAUAAUGUGCGCUGUAUGCAAUCCACGUGCGGCCGGAUUAUGUUUGUUCUGCCCGUAUCAGCCAAGUCAACAUCGUUUGAGAUAGGCGCUGGAGAGGACCUGCUUGCAUUGGAGUUGGCUACAACCUACGAAGGAAGGGCCAGCCGAUUGAUUGAGGAAAUAUCGAAAGCGAAGAUUGAAGGCCGAUUCCCCGAAACCGAAAGAGAAGGAGGUAAAUGGACACUCCGAAGUCCUCCAACUGGAGUCUCCAGUAAUGUGGGAAUUCUGGCCUGCGUGUGCGAAGAUGGCGAAACGGCCGCACUCAACCAAGUCCACUCAUCUCCUAUACGUAUUGUUUUCGACACCCCCAAGACAAUUUGUGGUCAAAUAUUGAAAAGCUCCAAUCUCGAGGUUAUAAUAUCAAUAUCUCCUCCAAACGGAGACCAGUUCAGGCUGGAUAUUGACUCUGUUGUUGGUUCUGGGUCUACAGAUUUGAUAACGGUGGACACAUUUAUUCCCACCCUCUCAAGACGACUUCAAUAUUUGCUUUCGCCUUUGCGAAGCCCUCGAAACCCGAUCUUGACAGAUCCAUUGGUUCGUUCCAAUUUUGAGAUCCUUCGUUAUGUGGCCAGCAGCCUGAUUACGCAAGUGAAAACCUCGCGAGGAUUCCGACCGCCUUCACCGACCAAAUUGAUCUCAAACCUUUUGGGAGGAAGUCGUGAUCAUGCGUCCACCGCCAAAGGGAUAGGGUCAGCAACUCUUGCCGGCGAGUUUCCUAAGAUGCCCCCGCCAAGAGGCACUUUGUCAAGAUCAAACACUUUGCCUUCUCAGUUUUCAACUCAGUUCUCCGGGAAAGAAAAAGACAAAGACAAGGAAAAGCAAAAGGAAAGGGAUAAAGAAGAGAGUGGUAAUAAAAUUUCAGUCGUUGGCGCAUCGGCCUCCAAGGGAUUGGAUACCCAGUUCGGCAUGCUGGAACAAACAUUCGCGGCUUUUGUGCUUUCUCUGCAGUCUCGCAGUGGAAACAUCCUGGGUCGAAUGCUCCGUGUCAGAGAUCACGUUGACCGCGCUCCGGUCAAUGAGCUUUACAAUAUUUUAUUGGAAGACCCAAGCAAAAUCCAGGCUGCAGCGGAAGUCCCAGUCGAUACGCUCUUCGUCGCAUUUGAAACCUUCCUGGCUAACGCUUGGAACCAAACUAUGGGCCCUAUCUUGAGUUCCUCUUCUCUGAAGUGGGUUCAGAGCCAGUUUGACACCAUGAUACCGCGCGAUUUUGAUGAUCAAUUCCGGAGGUUCUUGACCGACAUGACUCCGCAGAACAGACGAGCUUUAGCUGCGAUAAUUCGUUUACUUGCCGAGCUGCUCGAUGCAUCUGGAAAUGACGGGGAUCGAGGUGCUUUGACCAUGGCUUUUGCCGAGGUUCUCACCGAAGACGGGGAUCCUAGCCACCAUGUCUCCUUGCUAGAUCGACUGGUUGACGAUUUUGAUAAUCUCUUCGAAGACUUUAUCCCUGGUGGCACCUCGGUGGAAGGAACACUGACCUGUGACCAAUCGAAGUCCCACACCAAUACUGGGUCAGUCGGAUCUAACUCCUCGUCUUUCCGGAAGCGCUUUGGAUUUGGCUCGCACAAGGAGAGCUCCAAGAACGAAGGCGAAAGCAAAGUCGCAUCCAUUUUGCGGACGCUGAGCAAGAAGCAAAGUCCAGCUGGGUCGGAGCCCAAUACGCCGAAGGGUACUUUGACUCGUUCGAUGUCCACUGACGUCGACGCUCGCCUUGGAUUCUUUCGUCCUACUUCCCGCGAUCGUCCAUACGGUUUUGCAUCUGAGGAGACAAUUUCGAGGCCAGGCACUGGCAACGAAAAGUCCGAAAAACUGCCUUCCCUUGGUUCCUUUCGAGGCUUCUCUGAAAACAGCGUGCCAAGGAUUCGCAGAAAACGAAGGAGCUCAUUGUCUGAUUUCCGACCACCGACAGCAUCAUCGGAUGCUUCCAGUAUAUCUCCCACUCAACAACUCCGACCGACGACUCCCUCAAGUCGCCCGCGAGGCGAGGUGGUCACUCCAACCAAACAGUCCAGACCACAAAGCAGUUACAUUCCAAGAUCGCCUGUGCGCGGCGAAUCUCCAUUGCGUGGUAAAUCCCCACUGCGCUCUAGCUCUAAAGCACCAGCAAAAUCCAGUUCCCCCUCGAGACUGGGAUCACCUAUACGCCGAUUGUCUCCCCCUCGUCCUUCGACGCCGAGCAGGAAGGAAAACAUUGACCCCAGGACACCACAUACGGAUCGAACAAACAAGCUCAGGAGAGAUGUAUCGGAAUCACCCAACGAGGAACCACGGAGGCAAUCUCGAGCGACCAGCAUUCCCCAGCGAGCCCCAGGUCUUCGAGAGCGGCCAUCCACGAACGGGUCUGAUACCAGCAAGCGACCCCAAUCUUCGUCCUCCUCGAGCAAGCCGCAGAAAGCACGGAUGCAAAGUCCACAAAAGUUACGCGAUCGUGUUCAAUUGGAAAAGAGAACCCAGAACUCCACUCAAUUGGGCCUCAAAGACGACCUCGCAACGAUCGGCGACGAAAUACGAUCUCUAAAGCUCACACCUCCGAGGGAGUUCAGCCCAAUGGAUUUGAGUUUCAGCUUUGACCGCGAAGACACGAAGCCAUCUUCUGCUACCACCGCGUCCCUCGAAGCUCGCAUGCGCAACCUCGAAGCAAGAAUUGACACGCUCACCGGAGAAUACAAUGGCCGCACAUCCGCUCUUGAGAGAGACUUGGAGUCGUCCUUGGUUCUCAGCGAGAAGCGCGUCAAGAAGUUGGAUGAAUUGUACCGCGAGGCAAGUGCUGAAAAUGAAGCUCUUUACGCUCGAUUCAAUACCGAACUCAGUAAGAUUGCAAAGGACGUCCGAUCGGGACACGCCGAAGACGCCUUGAAGUCUCAACUGGCGAGUGCUCUCGAUGAGAUCGGCCGAGUCAAGAAGGAAAACUUCCGCUUGAAACGAGAAGUCGGAGGUCUCCGAGCCCAAUCUGCUGCCCAGGCACUGCUCAAGGCGAGCGAACAAUGA